UUGAAUCAUUUCAGAAGCUUAUGCGUGUGUGUAUAUUGCUAGAAACCCCUCCGCAGUGCCCAUACGACUAAUUAGCAAACAAAUGCGCUUGAAAUAGCCCAUUAUAAACCUAGAUGCAUUGCAGAAGAUAAAACAGGUAGCCUGAGACCAAGACGGAAUUGGAUUGAUGUGGAAUUUGUCCAGGUGUUAGAAUACAAAAGGAUUCCACAGUCCAGCGCAAGGUGUCGGGAUGAGCUUCUUCAGUUUCGGACAAAGUGCUGAAAUUGACAUAGUUCUAAAUGAUGGCGAGACGAGGAAAAAGGCCGAGCACAAAACAGAGGACGGGAAGAAGGACAAAUAUUUUCUGUUUUACGACGGAGAGACAGUGUCUGGCAAAGUCAACGUAACGCUGAAGAACCCAGGGAAAAGGCUCGAGCAUCAAGGAAUCAAAAUAGAAUUUAUCGGGCAAAUCGAAUUGUACUAUGACAGAGGAAACCACCAUGAGUUUGUCUCUCUGGUAAAGGAUUUAGCUCGGCCUGGAGAAAUGGCCCAAUCUCAGACCUUUGAUUUCGAGUUCACACACGUGGAGAAACCAUAUGAGUCCUACACAGGCCAGAAUGUAAAACUUCGCUAUUUUCUGCGGGCAACCAUCAGCAGGAGACUGAAUGAUAUCUCCAAAGAGAUGGACAUCGUAGUGCACACACUCAGCACGUAUCCAGAACUUAACUCCUCCAUAAAGAUGGAGGUGGGAAUCGAGGACUGUCUACACAUUGAAUUUGAGUACAACAAGUCAAAGUAUCACUUGAAAGACGUGAUUGUGGGGAAGAUAUAUUUCUUGCUGGUGCGAAUUAAAAUCAAACACAUGGAAAUUGAUAUCAUUAAACGAGAGACAACGGGGACCGGGCCAAAUGUUUACCAUGAAAACGACACCAUUGCAAAAUACGAGAUCAUGGAUGGGGCACCUGUUCGAGGUGAAUCCAUCCCUAUCCGUCUUUUCCUGGCUGGGUAUGAGAUGACGCCCACCAUGAGGGACAUUAAUAAGAAAUUCUCUGUUCGAUAUUAUCUGAAUCUUGUUCUAAUUGACGAAGAAGAGAGACGUUACUUUAAACAACAGGAGAUCACACUAUGGAGGAAGGGAGACAUUGUAAGGAAGAGUAUGUCCCAUCAAGCUGCCAUUGCCUCCCAACGCUUUGAGGGCUCAGCAACCGCAGAGAAAGCUCUUGCUCAAGCUAAAGAGGACAGCAACUAAACUUGACCAUGGUAUCUCGUGUGUAUGUGCAUGUGUGUGUCGGAGAGAUUGUUUACGGACUGAAACCAAGACUGGAUGGGCAGCGUAAACAUGAUUAUUCAUGGCAUUCCUAAACAUUAAAGUUUAUGUUCAACAAGUUCUUAAGUAAGGGAUGAAUAUGAAGACACUGAUUAAAAAAAACCUUCAUUCGAUAUUUACAAAUUCUUUGUGGCAGUUUCUCUGAUGGUUACUUUUUGUGUUUUUUUAUGUAAUUGAAAUCCUCAUUUGCUUUUAACAUGUCAGACUCAGCAGUCCAUCAAGUAAUGACAAAACAUUCCAGUCUCUUUAUUCCACCUACAGUGUAUUUUAAAGUUCAGUUUCUAAUAUUUUGUUAUUGUUGUUUUCUUGCAUAACAUAUGCAUUGCAUACAGUGUUCAGUUUUAGUUUCCUAAUGCAACAGUGUUAAAUUCUUAUUUUUAGUGAUUUUAUAUAGUUAUUUUAAAAUCUUAAUCAUAUGUCAUAUAUACUUUAUGCACACCAAUACAUGCCUUUUUACUUUUUGUUGCCAUUCCUGAAGACAAAUUAUGGGCACUUCAGGGUUGUACAAGGACGGAUUAUGACUUGCAAUGCCCCGGGGCCAAUUAUCUCCAAGGGCCCCCCUCCUCUCCCACCAUUUAUUUUCAUUGUUGAUGGGUUUUCAAGCAAGGGGAUCGCCAAACUGGAUCGUGCAACCUUAAAGCCCAGUGCUCCCCAGGCAGUCAAAGGCCCCUGGUAGUCAUGGGCCCCUGGGCACUGGCCCCAUUGGCCUGGUCGGUAAUCCAUCCCUGGGGUUGUAGCCAAUGUGAUUUUAGUGUCUCGGGGAUACCCUAUACUCCAUAUCGGCCCAAAUGUACUUUACAUUUCUAUUUAGAUUUUAAACUAACAAACCUAUAACUAAUAAUCUCCCUGUGUAGAUGAACUCAGAUGCACUUGUGUUUUAUUUAAACUGAGGCCGAUCACUUCAUAUUGAUGAUAAUUUAAUAGAUAGAGUUCUUGUACUCUGCUCCCUGCCAUAUUUUUAAGUGUAGAAAAAGUUUGAAAUGAAAUUCAGUAUUAUUGCUGUAUGACAUUUGACUAUGGCAAAGCAGAAAUGUUUGACAAAGUUGUUUGCUGUUGAUUUAGUCUAUUUUACUGUCAACCUCAGCCUUAUUUCACAUUAAUUCCUUUAAACUUUUUUUUUAGAAUUUAGGAGGCAUUAACAUCUUUAAAUGUUUUAUAUUUGUUCUUGUUUUGACCAACACUGGAAAUCAGCUAGCCUCUUAUUUCAUGUCGGAGAUUUUACCAUUCACUAACCAAUAUAGAAUAAAAAAAAAAAAUCUCUUAAGUAUAACACCGCAACUUUGCAAAUUCUGAUAGUGUGUGAUUAUGACUGUUUGAAAAGCUUCCAGAAGUAUAACCAUACUUAGUGGAGUAUAAAUGAUGCAUUUCCUGGAAUUAUUUCCCAUUUUCAGACAGCCGGGCCAUUGCGGCUGCUUUUUAAAGAGGUGUUUUGUAAGCGACUGUCGGGAUUAUUACUUCUUGCCAUGUUUAGAAAGAAAGUGGGGGUGUUUAUCUGUCCAUAAAAAAGAAAGGAUGAGUCAUCUCGCAUUGAGCUGCCUUCUGUGAGACUAUAAUUUCAAGAUAUUGGUCUGUGCGAGUACUUUCCUUCACUUAAGUAAAAAUGUCCAUGUGUCAGGAACUGAACAUUGACUAAACUAAAUUACAGUAGGUUUUGUAGCAUACUGUUCAGUCACCAGGGUACUGUUUCUUAAACAUUAUAAAAUUUGCAUUGGUGUUAAUGUAGAUGACUGAAAUUGUGACUGUAAAAUGUAUGAGGACAAGUACAGUACCUGUCACAGAGGGCUGAAGCUCAUGUUUAAAGACUUCCAAAUAUAACCAAUAUCUCCAUGGUCUGUUUCACUAAAGCAUCUCUUUGCAGAAUAGUCAUGCCUUUGGCCCUUCAUGGCUCUUCAUGGCUUUAUGUGCCAGACUGUGUUUACUGACUUUACGUAUAAUUACAAAUUAGCACUGUGUAUCGUUUCAGAACAAAGACGGGGGAAAGAAUUAUGUUUCCUAACUUUCGUUACAUUCAUCAGUGUGCAAAAAUGUGCUGCUUUAAGCAGCACUAAAUAACCAUAUUUCUAUAUUAAUAUUAUGUAUGUACAGUAUAGAUUUACAGAAUUUUAAGUAUAUGAUUUUGAAAUGAUUUAGAAAUUGCUGAUUGACAGCUCUUAAGGUACUAGCAGAGUUUACGAAAGGGAUUUACAAGACUCUAGAAUUUAAACGUGCUAACUUAAAUAGGAGUGCAGAAAACAAAUGAUCUAACUGCUCUUUCAGUACAUGUAUCUUGUGCUCUGUAUAUUAAAUUUGUUUUUACUCUGAUUUCUCAGAUUAAAAGAAUCCCAUAUAAUUCUCAUCUUUUUCCCGAUAAAAACUUCCA